CCGCCUCCCCUCCGCCCCUCGCUGUCGGCCUCGGGCAUCCACGGCCGGUGGUCCAGCCGCCCGCCACGGCCCUGAACAUGGCCGCAAGCCCCGCUGCCCCCCUGGCCUGGGCGCUGCUACUCCUCUCGUGGGCUCUGCUCCGCGGCGGCUGCCGGGCGCGCUUCGCUGCCGAGCCGGACUCCGAAGACGACGAAGGGGAGGCGGUAGUAUUCUCCGAGUCGCCCCUGCAGAGACCCACGGUGAUGGUGGCCGUCCUCGCGCGUAACGCUGCGCACACGCUGCCUCACUUCCUCGGCUGCCUGGAGCGGCUGGACUACCCCAAGAGCAGGAUGGCCAUCUGGGCAGCCACUGAUCACAAUGUGGAUAAUACAACAGAAAUACUCAGGGAGUGGUUGAAAAAUGUCCAGAGAGCCUAUCACUAUGUGGAGUGGAGGCCUAUGGAUGAACCUGAGUCUUAUCCUGAUGAAAUUGGACCAAAGCACUGGCCUGGCUCCCGUUUUGCCCAUGUGAUGAAACUACGACAGGCAGCCCUUCGAACUGCGAGGGAAAAAUGGUCAGACUACAUUCUGUUCAUAGAUGUUGACAACUUCCUGACUAAUCCACAGACCCUCAAUCUACUGAUUGCAGAAAACAAAACCGUUGUGGCCCCCAUGCUGGAGUCUCGGGGCCUGUACUCUAAUUUCUGGUGCGGAAUCACACCUCAGGGCUUCUAUAAACGGACCCCAGACUAUCUUCAGAUUAGAGAAUGGAAGAGGUUGGGCUGCUUUCCGGUCCCCAUGGUCCACUCCACAUUCCUAAUUGACCUCAGGAAGGAAGCCUCUGACAAGCUGGUGUUCUACCCUCCGCACCAGGACUACACCUGGACCUUUGAUGACAUCAUCGUCUUUGCCUUCUCCAGCAGGCAAGCAGGCAUCCAGAUGCACCUCUGCAACAGAGAGCACUACGGCUACCUGCCCAUCCCCCUGAAGCCCCAUCAGACCCUACAGGAGGACAUUGAGAACCUCAUCCACGUGCAGAUAGAAGCAAUGAUUGACCAUCCUCCAAUGGAACCUUCCCAGUUCGUCUCAGUUGUCCCUAAAUAUCCAGACAAGAUGGGAUUCAAUGAGAUUUUCAUGAUAAACCUGAAGCGUAGAAAGGACAGGCGGGACCGGAUGUUACGUACCCUGUACGAGCAGGAGAUUGAAGUCAAGAUUGUCGAGGCUGUGGAUGGAAAGGCACUCAACACAAGCCAGCUGAAGGCCCUGAAUAUUGAAAUGCUGCCAGGAUAUCGAGAUCCCUACUCCUCCAGGCCUCUAACUAGGGGUGAAAUUGGCUGCUUCCUUAGCCACUACUCUGUCUGGAAAGAGGUAAUUGACCGAGAGCUGGAGAAGACUCUCGUUAUUGAGGAUGAUGUGCGUUUUGAACAUCAGUUUAAGAAGAAGCUCAUGAAGCUGAUGGAUGAUAUUGAUCGAGUCCAGCUGGAUUGGGAACUGAUUUAUAUUGGCAGGAAGAGGAUGCAACUAAAAGAGCCAGAGAAAGCUGUGCCCAAUGUGGUAAAUCUGGUUGAAGCUGACUAUUCUUACUGGACUCUGGGCUAUGUCAUCUCUCUGGAAGGAGCACAGAAGCUUGUUGGAGCCAAUCCUUUUGGGAAGAUGCUACCAGUGGAUGAGUUUCUGCCAAUCAUGUACAACAAGCAUCCUGUUGCUGAGUACAUGGAGCAUUACGAAUCCAGGGACUUGAAAGCCUUCUCUGCAGAACCCUUACUCAUCUACCCAACACACUACACAGGCCAGCCAGGGUAUCUGAGUGACACGGAGACCUCAACCAUCUGGGACAAUGAGACAGUGGCCACUGACUGGGACAGGACACAUGCCUGGAAGUCCAGGAAGCAAGGUCACAUCUACCGCAAUGCCAAGAACACAGAGGCCCUGCCACCGCCAACCUCCCUGGACACUGUGCCUUCGAGAGAUGAGUUAUGAGGGCUCCAUGGGGGGGUUACUGCCCUGUGGUUUUCCUAAUGGGCUGUUGAUAUGUUUGUUCCAGUUUCUUUUCAUGGUCACGAUCAUCUAACCAAAGUGGUCUAAUGUGAUUGAUCAAAAUUAGUAUAUUUUUGACAGGGGAAGGGAAUAGGGAAACUAAACCCAAAUUUCCUAGAUGGCUAGAAAAUAGGCUUUAUGGAAACCAUUAAGAUGAACUUCAAUCCAGACACCUUGUCCCUCAGUUCAUUACCCAUAUGAUACUCGUUCUCACAUUGAGGUUGAACAGCAUGGCUCAGAGAUUCAUAAAAGGGAAAGGUGAUCACCACACUAUCACAUCAAUAAAUGGGUAGGCCUGGCAGCCAAGUCAACUGGACCACAUCUAUUGGUCUAGUGUGCCCAUUUUAUGUCAUAGAUGUGACGUUGAAAACUUGAGUAUGUUCUAAGUUCGGGGUGUGGGGGAGGGGGAAUCAGACCAUUUAAAAUCAAAUUAAUUGGGCUUUUUCUUUAAAGGCAUUUGCCGUGAGCCUUAUUGCAAAGUGACUUUUUCAUCUUAGUCCCCGUAAUCCAACAGGGAUGGGUAUUUGGGUCUGUGUGUAACUUGGCAUUUGACUAUCAUGGCAAUUGAAGCUCCCAUGAAGAGAUGUCCAUUUUGCCAUGAGCAUAUAGUUUCAUAGAUAUUUGAGGGUUUGUGUAGAUAUUUGAGGAAAGCACUCAAACUUUGGCCUUCUUUAUUAUGGUCGCUUGAGUUGGGAUGCUCUAUUUAUGAAGAUAAAUUUAAUAUAUAAGGGGCUGGGACUGGUGUGUAAUUGCUGUCCCGGGGGUUCAUGUGCUGCCCCAGCACGUCAGACUGUCCUCUCCACCCUGAGCCUGGGAGUGAGUUGCAGGUGUGAGUUUUCUGAGUCACUGUUAAGAGGCAGAGCACAUCUUUAGGCCAGAAACUGUCCUUGCCUGGGAUUUUCAUUCUAUUUUGAAUUAUUUAUUUUACAAAAUGUGGGGGAAGUGUCUGUAGGAUAAGGCAGGGAAACAUAUGUGUUAGGCUUUUAUUGCCCCCUGGGAAGUGGUGAGUGUAGACACGUUGGUUCCAGAGUCUGGUUCUUCUGCAUUUCCCAGCCUGACUCUUACAAGGAGGCCUGUUGAGUGGGAGGUUCUAACCUUCUGGAAACAAAUGAUUCUCCACCUGAGGCGAGAGACCUUGGUUAGAAACAAUGGACUGAUCAACUGAUUUAGACCAACAACCAGGGACGCCUUGGAGUCAGGAUCCUGGGCAGACCACCUCUCUGCUUUCUUCAUAAAUGGAUUUUAUGUAAAAUGCAGAGUUGGACUACAUCAUCUGUUUCAGCUCCACAAUCUGUGAUCCUUGGAUAUCUCAUGAUGGUUUGUUUCAGGUUUCUGUUCUCAUGCCUGCAAGCAGUAAAACUUGGUCUCCAGAAAUCCCCUCCCCAAGCAUCCUGUCCACACACGCUCCUCUCUCCGUGUCCUGGGUGUUGACUCUGAGCUUCAUGCUUUGGAGCAGAACCCGUUGGUGGCCUUGCUGGGUGCACCAAGCUUCCUGCUCCCCAUGAGGGCACCAGGCUGCAGGACAACCCGGCAGCUUCCUUCCACAGAACACCAACCUUGGCCUUCCCUCUUGACUUAUGGUUGGUUCUUCUGCAUUGACCAAUAAGCCAGGAGACUGAGGGAGGGGAUCUCAGCUGCCUGAUUUUUACUGCUUAGACAUAGCUAUCAGAGCUUGACUCUUUGUCUAGAAAAACAGAGCAUCUGGGGAGCCAGUGAAAAACCCUUAGGCGAUUCCUAAGGUUUCCUUGGGUAUGCUGUACUUCGUUUGUGUGUUUGAGUGUGUGCAGGUGUGCGUGAAUUUCAUGUUUUGUUUUUUUUUUAAAGGGGUGGGCGGAGGCUGAGGUAUUGGGAGUAGAGGAAGAUUUAAUUAAUUUUUGUGUGGUUAUGUUUCAUAGAGAACAUUGGUGGUCUUUUUUUUUUUCUUUUUCCCUGUCAGCUGGUCUGGUGGGUUUAUGAAUUCCCAUUCUUUUUUUUUUUUUUUGAAUUCUCAUUCUUAAAAGACAUUGUUCAUAAAUUCUAGAAUUUUAGAUUAGGACUGUUCUACUGUGAAUAAAAUUCUGGCUCUUUUAGCCCAGCCGUUGCUUUCCUCCACUCAGGUCUAGAAUCCCAAGCAGUGUUCUUUCAUUGUGAACAUUGUGAGCUGCAGACGCAGCUUUUCUUUAAAAGGUCAUCUCUUCAGCAAUCCAGGGAUUCCUUGACCUCAUUAUUCUCUCCUGCCUCCCGUCUAGCCUUAAGUCAAGACAUUAGACCUUUGCGGUGUCAGAGGACUUUGCCUCCGUCAUGGCACCUGCUGUCUGCCUCUGGAAGUUAAACCCUCUCUGGAUCUUGAGAUCCAAGGUGUAGUCUUCUGGAUGGCCGGCCCUGACUUCAGCAGUGCUGGUGCUGCUAAGUGUGGACUGAGUGUGUACAACGUGCAGAUGACACACUGCACGGGCCUUGCUUUGUUCACUGGGGCCUGCUCCAGGAACUCUGGAAAACAAGAGCCAGCAUCCCAGCAUCCUACACUGUCUGUCAUGCUCUGUCAUUUCAGGGUGGGGAAGUGAUAAACUACUUGCCUUCUAGAGCACUUUGUGAAAAAUUAAAAAACGUGCAACUCUAUGAUUGUUCAUUGGUUCCUCCAACGCUGGUCAACGGCCAACACUGCUGGAAUUUCCAGGUCUGCACCGGCCAAGGAUGUCAGAGGCCAAAGCUGAUUAGACCAAUUCGCUGGCUUGCUGGAGGCUUGGACGUCAGAUGUUGUAUAAACGAGGAUCAUCAGAAGUAGACAUCUGGGGGCAAGUUGGUGCUUUUCACCCACCCCACGAGUUCAUCACGCAUCCUAGGUGGGAGUUAACUUGCAAUGCCAUCCUGGUCCUUACGGCCCCGUUUCCCCAUCUGCAAGAUGAAAUGAUGCUCAGGAUAUCAGGCAGCAGUUCUCCGACCGGCAGCAGAUCUCUCCUUGGAGACUUGACAGAACCAACCAGAUGCACAUCUAACCAAGCCCCCAUCUCAAGUCCUCACUGCCAUCUCCUCCAAACACUUUUCGGAGAAUGUGGGAAGAUGAACAAAGCCAUGCACCCUAGUGAGAAGACAGAACUCCUUUGUGCGGGGACGGAAAUGCUCGUCUAGUCCAGGUGCCCUCCUACAUUUCCCCACCUCCCCUACGUUUAGAUUGGAGCCAUAGACUGGCCAACGGACUGUGAAUGGAAGUGAUGUGGUCCCUUUCGUCUAAGGCAGUCAGGAAGAGUUGUGAGUUUUCUCUACCAUCACUGGGAGUUGAAAGAAAAAUCUGAGAUGGCGGAGUUGCAAGAGGGAAGCUGCCUGGACCCUUGGAGCCGCUAAGGAGAGCUGCCCGAUUUGCAAUACCUAGUUCAGUUUUCAACGUGUCAUAUCUUAAGUUACUGAGAUUUCAUGGUUUGUUACUUUAGUCUAGGCUAGCCUAAUAAUCCCUUCCAGAAUUAUUUCAUUUUAACAGAGAUCUUAGGGGAAACGGUAACUCAAAACAGGACAGAAAUAACUUUUCAUAGUGGAACUGUGGAUACAGGUUGUAACUGGUGCCGUUGCGGCAGCCCUGUAGAAAAAGAGGGUUGACAUCGGGGCAACUUCUCGAUACCACUAAAAAUAAAUACUGUAUGCCUCUAAUGGUCCUGUGCUGCAUGGCAAAUUUGAAAAGGCUCCAAAGAAGGAAAUUUUAAGACAUUAUUCCUUCAGGCAAAAUCUCACCAAGCUGCUUCUGCAGGGAGGCAAAACAAGGGAACCCAUUUUCUCAAAUGAUCUUGAAAACAUAGUCACCUAGUGCCAGACAUAGAAAUCCCUUUUUUUCCUGCCCAUAUUAUCGAUUAUUAAAACACCUACUUGGCUUUCUCCACUAUCCCACAAGGACCCAGAAAACUUGAUAAUUUGGAUCCAUUUAGGAAUCCCUUUUUUUUUUGGAAACAAUGUGACGGAAUGACAACAUGCAUCUGUUGAAUGAAGCUGCCUUUUGGGAAGACCUUGUUUCCUUCCUUCCACAGAGGCCCUCCCGGCUUCCGGAGCACCGUGGACGGUUUCAAGAAUUGUGCAGAUGGUAGCAGUUGGAGACUCAGGAAAGGCUGUCAAAAAGAAGGCAAAGUACUGCCUUGGAUCCCAACUCUAAGUUUGAUUUUAUACAAGGUGUCCCCAGCCAAACUACUCCUAAGAAUGCUGUCCAGCAAGGCAUCACAUCUGAUGGCAGUCUCCUAAGACGUCAUUCUUUCCCCUAAAUGCGCAUGACACUUACCAGUGGAGAGGGUCCCUCCUAACUGUGCCACUGGCUUUCCCUCUGCUCCCUCCAACUGAACCAGCAUGGGCUUCCAAAAUGCUCCUUGACAUACCUGGAACCCAGAUCCACCAGAUUAAUACUCCAGAUACAAUCCCUUUGGGUCUGGCCGCACAUGCCAACCAAGUCCCAAGCCAGUUUAUUAAUUUGACCGAAAGGUAAACAGAUGAUGGAGAUGCAGAAAGACAAGCAUAUGCGAGCAGCUAAAAGUAUUAACCCGGCUGUCCACCAGGAAACAAAUUUAAGACAUUUAAAGUGGCAUUAAAUAAAUGAGGCUACGUUUUAUCUA